GAGAGAAACAACUCACAAACACACACAAAACACACCAACUGUCACAUUCUCCUUUACAGUCCAACUUUUUGAUUUAACAACUAUUCUAUUCUCAUCAACUUCAUAAUAAUUAAUUUCAUUUCUAUUUUUUCAAUCUCAAUUUUAAUUAUCAUUUUGUCACCAUAUGAAAUAAAACACGAAACCCUAACUUAUACUAUCUCAGUUUGCAUCAAAUUUCAUUUCAAUUAUUGAUGUUAUCAGUUACAUAACUGCCGUCUGUUCAACAGAUCAUCCAUCUAUAUCUAUACACAAGGGCAGCGGUGCCGAAUACGCAGUCUGCAUACCUGUUUCUCAUUGGUUUCACAACAAACUGUAUAUGCAGUUUGAAAUGGUUUUGAAAUAAGGUAUUGAGUCAAUCAAGUUCCUGGUGCAGUGUAGAAAAGAGUCUUAGUUUUGGUUGGAUUUGGAUCUAAUGGCUGGAAGCUGGGAUGGAAGUCGGGACCUUGGCAGCCAGUCCGAUGACAGUUUUCAAUAUGAUAGACAACAUAUAGAACCUAUAUAUGAUGCAUUUAUAUGCCCUCUUUCUAAAGAAAUUAUGAAAGACCCUGUUACCUUGGAAAAUGGUCAAACUUUCGAGCGAGAAGCAAUUGAAAAAUGGUUCAAUGAAUGCAAAGAGAACGGAAGAAAGUUGGUCUGUCCCCUGACUUUACGAGAAUUGAAGACAAUGGAUAUGAAUCCAAGUAUUGCGUUAAGGAACACAAUUGAAGAAUGGAGUGCCAGGAAUGAGGCUGUUCAGCUUGACAUGGCUCGCAAGUCUUUAACCCCUGGUAGUUCCGAAAGUGAUAUCUUGCAGGCGUUGAGAUUUAUUCAGCAGCUUGCCUCAAAAAAUCUUUCAAAUAAGCACAUCAUCCGUAAUGCUGAGCUCCUACCUAUGGUCGUUGACAUGCUGAAGAGCACUAGUCGUAAAGUCAGGUGUAGAGCUUUGGAAACCCUUCGAAUAGUAGUCGAGGAUGAUGAUGAAAAUAAGGAAAUAAUGGCGGAAGGGGAUAAAGUGCGCACAAUUGUCAAGUUCUUGUCUCAUGAGCAGUCGAAAGAAAGGGAAGAAGCUGUCUCAUUGCUCUUUGAACUCUCCAAAUCCGAGUCUUUGUGUGAAAAAAUUGGUUCUGUCAAUGGAGCAAUCCUUAUUUUAGUCGGAAUGACAAGCAGCAAAUCAGAAAAUCUCUUAAUUGUUGAGAAAGCUGACAAAACUCUAGAAAAUUUGGAGAAGAACGAGAAUAAUGUGAGGCAGAUGGCUGAAAAUGGCAGAUUGCAACCUCUUUUGACGCUUCUUCUUGAAGGUUCUCCUGAUAUGAAACUUUCUAUGGCUUCAUAUCUCGGUGAAUUGGCUCUUAGUAAUGAUGUUAAAGUCUUUGUAGCACGAACUGUAGGUUCGUCUUUAAUCAACCUCAUGAAAAGUGGUGACAUGCAGUCUCGAGAAGCUGCCCUAAAAGCCUUGAAUCAAGUCUCAUCUUGUGAAGCAAGUGCAAAAGUUUUGGUUGAAGAAGGUAUACUUCCUCCUCUAGUCAACGAUCUCUUUGCAGGCUCUAACCGCCUCCCAAUACUUAAAGAGAUAUCUGCCACAAUUCUUGCCAAUUUAGUGAGCUCUGAUUGUGACUUUGACUCCAUCCCAGUUGGACCAAACUACCAAACCCUCGUGUCCGAAGACAUAAUUCACAACUUACUCCAAAUGAUUAGUAACACUGGCCCGUCCAUAGAAUGCAAACUUCUACAAGUUCUUGUUGGGUUAACAAAUUCUCCCAUCACGGUAAUCGGGGUGGCUACAGCCAUUAAAAGUUUGGGUGCCACCAUCAGUUUGGUUCAAUUCAUUGAAGCCCCACAAAAAGAUCUGCGAAUGGCUGCAAUUAAGCUUCUUCAAAAUCUUUCUAUCCACAUGGGCCAAGAAUUAGCCGGUUGUUUAUGUGGGUCAGCAGGCCAGCUCAGUAGUUUAUUCAAAGUAAUAGCGGAAAAUAUUGCAAGCACAGAAGAGCAAGCAGCCGCCAUCGGGAUUGUAGCAGAUCUCCCAGAAAUGGAUGUUGGGCUCACGAGACAGAUGCUUGACGAAGGUGAUUUUCAAAUUGUGGUUUCAAGAAUAAAAAUGAUCAGGCAGGGAGAGACUAGAAGAAGUCGGUUUGUGACACCUUAUCUAGAAGGACUUGUGCGGGUCCUUUCAAGGAUUACUUUUGUUUUAGCCAACGAGCCAAAAGCCAUUUCAUUUUGCCGUGAUCAUGACCUUACGGGAUUAUUCACCGAAUUGCUUCAAGCAAACGGGCUUGACAAUGUGCAAAUGGCUUCAGCUCUUGCUUUAGAGAAUCUCUCACAAGAAUCCAAGAAUUUGACAAAAUUACCAGAAUUGCCAUCACCGGGAUUUUGUGGGUCAAUCUUUCCUUGUUUAAGCAACCAGCCUGUGGUAACAGGUUUGUGUAGGGUUCAUCGUGGGACUUGUACACAAAGAGAUACUUUUUGCUUAAUAGAAGGACAGGCUCUCGCAAGAUUAGUAGCUUUGUUAGACCAUACAAACGAGAAGGUGGUUGAAGCAUCGUUAGCAGCAUUAUCCACUUUAUUGGAUGACGGGGUGAAUAUAGAAGAAGGGGUGAGUGUACUGUGUGAGGCUGAAGGUAUAAAACCGAUUCUCGACGUGUUACUCGAGAAGCAAACAGAAAAUUUAAGAAGGCGAUCAGUUUGGAUGGUGGAGAGACUAUUACGGACAGAGGAUAUAGCAUAUGAAGUAUCAGGGGAUCCAAAUGUUAGUACCGCACUUGUUGAUGCAUUUCAACAUGGUGAUUAUCGGACCAGACAGAUUGCAGAACGUGCCUUGAAACAUAUAGAUAAGAUACCAAAUUUCUCUGGUAUCUUUCCGAACAUGGGAUAAGGCCCAAAGAAUUCUCUUUCCUUCAGAGUGGCCACACGAAGCUUAAGGUUAUGAAUGGAGGUACAUAGUAGUUGUGUUUUUGCUAUGGUACAAAUUUGUAAGGUACUAUAAUUGUAUGUUUCUGUUGUAAUUUUGCAUGAUCUCGAUGUAUUAUAUGUAGAGUUACAGGUGUGGCAUUCCUUUCAUUCUCUCUGCAGAAUUGUUAACUAGCAAUUCUUAAGUGAACACAAUAAAGAUUGUCUAUUGUUCUUUUGAAUUUAA